AACGCCUCAUUCUCAUUUACAAUUCUCCAUUUCCAUUUUCCUAAUAUAUAGUGCAGCAUUGAAUUUUUUAAAGUUCUUUACCCCUAACCCUACUUCCUCCUUACUCCUACAAAAAACCACAUCCCAUCUAAUUCAUGCUAUUUCAUUUUGUUGAGCUAGCCCUCCCAAGUUGGGUGGCUCAACAAUGGAGCAACCAUGGCGGAUGAGGAGGAUGGUUCAACCAUGAUUAAGUUGAACACCUCUAAUUGCUCUUUGUGGAAGACUUUGAUAGAGGACAAGCUAUUUUGCAAGGACCUCUAUGAUCCAAUUGAGCACAAAGGUAUAAAACCUGCAAAAAUUAAUGAUGCUGAUUGGAAAAAGAUUGAUCGCAAAGCUUGUGGCAUAAUUUGUAAAUGGGUUGACAUGAGUGUGAUUCAUCAUGUGGCUCAAGAGAAAGAGUCCUAUAAGUUGUGGACUAAGCUUGAAGAGCUAUUUGAAAGAAAGAAUGCCUUGAAGAAAGCUUCCCUCAUUAGAAAACUGCUGGCCAUUGAUGAUGAGGUACAAGCAUUGAUUUUACUAAGCUCUCUUCUAAAUAGUUGGGAGACUUUGGUGGUAACUUUAAGCAACUCAACAAGAGAUGGGGAGAUAACUCUGCAGCUGGUUAAGGACAGCAUAUUGAGUGAGGAAUCUAGAAGAAAAGAGCAAGGAAUUAUGAGUUAUGAGUCUGAAGCAUUGGUUAUUGAGUAUAGAGGGAGGAGUAAGCAAAGGUAUACUCGAAGAAACAAUGACAGACAGUCUCAAGAGAGGUACAACAAGGGGAAGUCCAGAGAUAGAUCAAAGUCCAAGAGCAGAGUGACUUGUUACACUUGUGGAAAGCAAGGUCUUUAUCAAAGAGAUUGUUGGCACAAUAAAGAUAAAAAUGUUAGGAAGAAGGUUGAUACUCAUGAAGAGAAGGAGGCCAAGGAGAACAUUGCUGCAAUUACUUUUGAUGGUGAGGUAUACCUGCUGUGUGAGAAUGAUAACAUUGAUGUUGCUCAUCAUGAUUCUAGAUGGGUUGUUGAUACUGCUGCUUCUUAUCAUGUCACACCAAAUAGAGACUGGUUUAGCUCAGAGAAAAAAGGGGAUUUUGGCUAUUUGAAGAUGGGAAACAGAUCCGAAACCAAGAUUGUGGGUGUUGGUGAUGUUUGGCUUGAAACAAACAUAGGGUCCAAGUUGCACUUGAAAAAUGCUUUAAAGAUUGUAGUAUACUUGAUCAAUCAAUCCCCUUUUGCGGUUCUAAAUGGUGGUGAUGUUCCAAAGAAGGUUUGGUUAGGCAAAGAAGUGUCCUACAAGCACUUGAGGGAGUAUGCCUACAGAUUAUGGGACUUGAAAAACAGAAAAUUAAUGAGAACCAAAGAUGUGGUGUUCAUUGAGAAUGAGACGGUUGAACACUCAAAGAAGCAAGAUGACAGCAAGCACACUCAAGAAAUACCAGACAGUGAUUAUUGUACUCCUUCAACACCUAAACCGAGUGUUAUGAAUGAUGAUCACAGUGAAGUCGAUGAGCAGCAAGUUCAAGAGCCUGUUGUUGAACAUUUUGUUGAAGAAGAAACACACCAAGAAGAGCAAGUGCAACCACCACAGCAACCUCAAGUUAGGAGGUCCAUUGGACUUCAUCAACCAUCUCGGAAGCACUCCAUUGACAAGUAUGUGCUCUUGACUGAUGGGGGAGAACCAGAAACUUAUUAUGAAGCUAUGGAGAGUGAAAAGAAGAAAGAAUGGUUGAUGGCAAUGCAAGAAGAAAUGAGUUCUUUGCAAGAGAAUGGAACUUAUGAGCUGGUAGAACUUCCAAAGGACAAAAAAGCUCUUAAUAACAAGUGGGUUUUCAGAGUAAAGUCUGAAGUUAACAAUCCAAAUCCAAGGUUCAAAGCUAAAUUAGUGUUGGAUGUUAAGACAGCCUUUCUCCAUAGUGAUCUUGAGGAGGAGAUCUAUAUGAAGCAACCAAAGGGUUUUGAGGUGCAAGGCAAGAAGAAUCUGGUUUGUAAAUUGAAGAAAAGCUUGUAUCUAGAUGGUGAUUUCUUGAUACUUUUGCUUUAUGUGGAUGACAUGUUGAUUGUUGGUCAUGACACAAAGAAAAUUGCAGCCUUGAAGACUGACUUGAGCAAGUCCUUUUCUAUGAAGGAUUUGGGUCCAGCAAAGCAAAUUCUUGGAAUGAAAAUUUUUCAAGAUAGAAAGAACAAGAAGUUGUGGUUGUCACAAGAAAAAUAUAUUAAAAAGGUGCUUGACAGGUUUAACAUGAGCAAAGCAAAACCUAUGGGCACUCCACUUGCUAGCCAUUUCAAACUUAGCACAGAGCAAUGUCUUGCAAGCAAGGAGGAAGCAGAAUACAUGAAGAAUGUGCCCUAUGCUUCUACAGUUGGUAGUCUAACAUAUGCUAUGAAAAGUGUUUCAUUAUCCACUAUAAAAGCUAAGUAUAUAGCUCUUUCUAAAGCAGGAAAAGAGAUUGCAUGGAUGAAGACGUUUUUUGAAGAAUUGGGUCUUAAGCAAGAGAGAUUUGUGCUGUUUUGUGAUAAUCAAAGUGCAAUUUACUUGAGCAAGAACCCACAGUUCCACUCCAGAACCAAGCAUGUUGAUUUGAGGUAUCAUUGGAUACGUGAUGCAAUUGAAGAAAAGGUGCUUGAUGUUGAGAAAGUUCACACGGAUGACAACAGCUCUGAUAUGAUGACCAAGUCCUUGGUGAGAAGCAAAUUUGAGUUUUGCAGAUCACAAGCUGGCUUGGUGGAGCCCCCCAACUAGCUCGGGUGGGGGAGAUUGUUGAGCUAGCCUUCCCAAGUUGGGUGGCUCAACAAUGGAGGUGCACCUUGAGUGCACAGUGA